AACGUCAUCCUUUCGCGGCGUUUCUUGCUGUCUUGCUAGUAUCGUUAGCACGGAAGCUAAACAACAGCGGUCAGGAAUAAAUUUAGCGAUAUAAGUGACGACAUGGUUCGUUUUUAAAAACCGUUUCUGAUCGAAAUUUCUUGCUUUUUGUUCUUACUUCUUGUCGCGUCAACAGCACGGAGUCCAAUGCAGUCGGCUGUGGAAUCAGUGGAGAACGCCUCCAUCCUAUCGAAUGGCUCGUCGCAGGAAGGCCACCGCCUGUGGAUCGGCAACAUCGACCCUAAAAUCACAGAGUAUCACCUGGUCAAGCUCCUGGAGAAAUUUGGCAAAGUGAAGCAGUUUGAUUUCCUGUUCCACAAGUCCGGACCGCUGGAGGGUCAGCCCAGAGGAUACUGCUUUGUCAACUUCCACACUAAAGAGGAAGCGGAACGAGCAAUCCAGUGUCUUAAUGGGAAGCUGGCUUUGUCCAAGAAACUUGUGGUGCGCUGGGCCCAUGCUCAGAGAUUUGAACCCUACAGAGGAGAUAAGAACCUGCUUGCCAGCCUGGAGCCGUCCUGCAGCGAGGCAGAGGAGCAGCCUACCUCCCUGAGUGUGAGUGCGAAGAUCAAGGCGAUCGAGGCGAAGCUGCAGAUGAUGGAGGAGAACGUGGAUGAGGAAUACUCAGGACCGUCACCAUACCUCUACAACAAACCUCCCGAGAAAAAGGACAAGAGGUCUCAGCCUUAUAACAAACAGUUCCGCAGGUUCAAGAGAUGACCUCCUGGUGGAAGAAAAACACACACACACACACACACACACACACACUGAGGACUUCUGUUUAAUAAAUACACACUCUCUUACACCAGUGUACUGUCAGGAAUGGAGCAGGAGGAGAACGACGUGUGUGUGUGAGAGAGAGAGAGAGAGAGAGAGAGAGAGAGAGCAAGAGAAAGAGAGAGAGAUAGACAAACACAUGGAUCUCUCUCUCUCUCCUCUUUUUUUUAAUAAACAUUUUAAGCUUUUGUACAUUUUGUAACUUUUCAGUUUUCAUCAGUUUCUUUCUCUCAGUUUAAUGGAGACACGUGUUCGCGCUCAGCUCUGCCGUCAUCCUGUUGUGUGUGCGCGCGCGUGUGUGUGUGUGUGUGUGUGUGUGUGUGUGUUACUGCGUCAUCAUGUGUGUUUUUGCAGAUCGGACAAAUUCCCGUUAGCGUAAUUCUAAAAAGCACAGAAGGCUUCAGGAGGCGUUUUGGUACUCAGGAGCUUUUAAACGAUCCUCAGAGAAAUCUGAUCACAUGAUCUACGCAGCCAUAAACCAGAACUGACCGUAGAACUGACCAUGAGCUGCAGCUGUGUUCUCGUUAUUUAUUCCCGUUAAGAAAAAGUCUGAAGUAACGAUUAGCUUUAAGUUUUAACCCUAAAAUUAUCUCUUAAUUAUUAUCUAAAAAUAUUAAAACAGGCCUUUUAUGGCAUGUUUUGUGUUUGUGUGUGUGUGUUUGUGUGUGUUUGUGUGUGUGUGUGUGUGGUGUUGCGUCAUAAAACUCCUUGCCAGUUUAAUCAUUUUCUUAUUAUUUUUUUAGAAUAUAAGCCCCUCCCACUGUGUGUGGUGAAGGGCGUGUCCUAUAUUUGCAUAUUCAAAUGAGCUGUGGUGUGUUUUAGGCUGUAGGCGCUCCUGUGCAGAAAUGUUUUGCUUUUGUAAAUAUUUUUUUGUGAGACGUGUGACCAGAUAGGUCUGAUCUAAUAAAUAAAUAAAUAAAUAAUCAUGUUCAGAUCUUCUCUGA